CAACAGCAACAACUGACAAUAGCAGCAAAUUGAAGAAGCUGCCCACGGGUUUGGCGGCCAUGUCAAAAACAGUGAAUGGCAUGGCGCUAACGACAUCCGGCGGUGCACGCCGCCAGCAUCGGCAUCGACCACGCAAACUGAUUAAAUCCGAUGACGAGGACGAUGACAGCAACAGUGACAAGGAGAAGGAGCUGACAACAGUUGCCGCCGUUGAACAGCAGCCCAGUGGCAGUGGCAACAGUGGCAAGCAGCCAAAGUCUAGAUAUCACCACAAGAACAAUACUAAAUUGGAGCAGUGCUGCAACGCACAGCAACAGCAGCCGGAACAAACGCAACAUACGCCGGACAAUGGCCAUAACAAUACCUGCGAGAAUAUGCUGAAUCUCAAAUGCUGCAGCGGCGCAGCCAACAAGGAUGCCCCCAUCGAUGUGGUCGACUGUCCACAGCGCACGCGACACCACCACCACAACAACCACCACCAGCAGCAGCACCACAGCCAGGAUGUCUACAUGAAGCAGGCAACACAACGCGUCAAGCUGCUGCGGAAGGCACGCAAACAAAAGUAUCAGGAUCACUGCCUCGAAACGCGUCAACGCAGCCUAUCUGUGGGCAACGAUUCCACCUGGCAGAAUCGCCACUUGCAACAGCAACAGCAGCAGCAGCAGCCGCAACAGGUGCAACAGCCGCAGCAGCAGCAGCUGGCUCAGAAGAGCGUCUCAUCCUCGCCACCGUUGGGCGAUGUGAUGCUCGAUGGUGUUCAGUUGCGUCAACCACGCCCACAAUCGUUGCUGGGGCAACAGCAGCGAAAGUCUGCCGAGUGCUGGAAAUCGGCGCUGAAUCGCAACGAUUUAAUUAGCAUCAUCAGGGAGAGCAUGGAAAAAAAUCGCUUGUGUUUUCAGCUAAAUGGAAAACCCCAAGCCAAUGUGAGUCCCAUACGGCAACCGGCAGCACAACAACAACAACAGCAACAGCAACGCCAACGCUGCAAUACAGGCUCGAAAAUCCCGACACUAAUUGCGAAUCACAGUCCGCAGUCCGCUCAGUCGCCGCUCAGCUGCAGUCCGCCCACGCAAUCGCCGCAGCCCAACAACAUCAACAGCAACAACAGCAACAGCAACAACAACAACAACAACUGCAACAACAACAGCAGCAACAUCGCAGCCGGACACGAUACGGUCAACAAUAUCAGCAGCAGCAGCAACAACCAAUACAUCCAUCCGCAGCCGCAUAUACCCAUCUACCAUCAGCAGCUGGCCAUUAAUCCGGCCGUGGUUGCCGCACAGCACACUCACAAUAGUGCGCACAACAAGCUCAAUCUGUGCGGCUACGAUUCGUUUCUGCAUGCAACAAUUUGUGGCGGUGGCGCCACCCAUUCCCCACCAGCGACGCCCAGCAAUGUGGCCACCGUUCAGCCCAUACCCAAGAAGAGUAACAAGCAACAGCAGCAGGGUCAGCAGGGUCAGCAGCAGGGGCAAGGAUAUCAGCGAUUGGAGCAACAGCAGCAGCAGCAGCGUAGCAGCAAGGAUUACAAGAACUAUGGCAAUCUCAUCUAUGCCAAGCUCAGCGAGCAACUGCAGCAAAAGGAGCGCGAGCAGCGUCGCCAACGCCACAAGCAACAACCGCAGCAGCAGCAGCUGCAACAGCUGCCACAACAAAAUAAGACAACUGCCUCACAGGACACUUCGCGUCCAGCGACAUCGAGCAGCAGUUCGGCUGGUUCCAAGAUCUUUGGCGAUGCAUUGGAAUGCGCCCAUCUGCUGGCCAGCGAGGAGGAGGAUGAGUUGCUCUCGGCCAGUCCCAUAUUGACGAGCACACCUAGCAAGGUCGUCUCCACGAACACACUGAUCGAUCUGAACGAUGAGGUGGGCGAGGCACUCGCCGAGGCUGUUACCCAGGCCAAGGAUGUGGAUGUGGAUGCGCCAGCUGCCGAUGCGGAUCUAGAUACGAGCGCCUCCAGCUCAAUGAUACAUCGCUAUGUGCACGAGCAUAUACAUCAUCAUUAUCAUCACUUCAAGGAGCAGAACGAUGUCUAAACUAAUUUAGAAACUAUAAAUGUUGCUUAUGUUUCUCGUAUGUUUAAUGUAGCGCAAUUUUGUAAUUUAAUUAGCCAUUUAACAAGAUGAAAAAACACACACACAAAAUCAUCCAAGACGAUAUUAUUUGAUUGUUGUUACACGAGGUUAGGGAAGAGGAUGCCUCGCUGUUUGAAAUACAUACAUAUAUACAUACAAUUGAAUCUGAAUUCCAUGGACAACACUAACAAACUGUAGCUAAAUGAUAAGAUUUUUUGCGCCUUUGCCUUAGCAAUAUUUGAAACAUUUUUAGUAGCCAUCAACGAUUGCUUCGCUUAUGCAAAAACCAGCCUAGCAACAUAUCAUCGCUGUAUGUGUGUAAAAAACAAAAACAAAAACAAAA